AUGCGACAAGCAGAAGUUGAUGAUGUUGAGCCAAUUUCUGUAGAAGAAAAGGUUAUGGCGUUUGCGUUGGGAUGCGAGUAUUAUCAUCCUUCCCAAUCUUUGAUCCUAGAUUUGGGGGAUAAAAACUGGAGUUCUGUUUUCAGUGAAGAAGAGCUGAUGAAAUACGUGGUGCUGGUGGCGAUUUGCCUUGUGGUGUACCGAAAGAACUUGAACAAUGCUUCGAGAAAAACUGGUGCGGAGGUGUUCAAGUAUGCAAGAAGCAUUGAAAUCACCGAUCCUACCAAAGAAACAUUGAAAGUGUGGUUGUCGACCGAGCUACAAAAUAUAGCAAGUCUCUUUUUAGAAACUGGGACAUUCGAUAUUGGUAGUUUGAUGGAAUCGGACCAGUUGUACCGGUGUUUUGAUUUUUUUGCUACAGUUUUUAAAGGAAGUUCCAUCUUGGCAAAAGGAAAUGAGAAGUCUAGUGAAGCCAAUGCCAGCUUGGUGAACCAAGACCGACAAUUAUCAUCUAUAAUGCCAAUAACAAACCAAAAGAUGGGAAGGCGAGUGGAUAUGCUCUUCAACUGUGGUCAUAUCGAGCUUAGUUGCACAGAAAUAGGUGCCACAAAGGACCAAACAAAGGAGAUGCACGAUAGCUUUCUCAAGAUGCCUAUUGUAUUGCACAAUAUGUUGUUGUUGGCGACUUUCAGCCCAAACCUUCUGCAUCAAUCCCAUGUGAUUGGAUACAGUAUUUCAGGUGGCUGCGUCUCCUUAUUGGAUGCCAGUAUUCCAUAG